GAUAUUAAUAAUUUUGUGACGCUCCACCACAUUUCCCCAUUCCCAAAUUUCUCAUUCUCCCAUUUCCUCUCAGAACCCUCGAUCACUCCCACGCGCUCCUAUAUCCUCUCCUUCACCGUCGCUCUCUCCAACGAUCACAACAACAUCGUCAUCCCAUGGCAAACGCCGCAUCUGGUAUGGCAGUCCAUGAUGACUGCAAGUUAAGGUUUUUGGAGCUGAAGACAAAGAGGACACACCGUUUCAUAGUUUUUAAGAUUGAGGAGCAGCAGAAGCAGGUCAUUGUGGAGAAGCUUGGUGAGCCAGCCCAAGGCUAUGAAGAUUUCACUGCCAGCCUUCCUGCUGAUGAGUGCCGUUAUGCUGUUUAUGAUUUUGAGUAUCUGACUGAAGGGAAUGUCCCUAAAAGCAGAAUUUUUUUCAUUGCAUGGUCCCCUGACACAUCAAGGGUGAGGAGCAAGAUGAUCUAUGCAAGCUCCAAAGACAGAUUCAAGAGGGAGCUGGAUGGAAUUCAAGUAGAGCUGCAAGCAACUGAUCCUACUGAGAUGGGUCUUGAUGUGUUCAAAAGCCGGGCCAACUAAAAUGAUUAUAGAAAAUAGUAGGCUUUCUGGUGGGAGCAGCACUCCUUAAGCCUUAGUUACUCAUGGAAAAUAUCCUAGUUUGUGGGAUGGUCAACUUGGGUAGUUAUGGUCCCAAACUCUCAAUUUUCCAAGUUGUGGCAUAAAUUCUAUUGCACCUUUUAACAAGCUUUGCUUGUUCCAGUGUGUUUUAUUAUGAUUUGUGAUUUAUACGACCUUGCGUUUGAGUGCCAUUUUAGUCGUCUUAUCCCUUACUAGUUGAAUUUGUAACUGUUUGUGUUAUCAGACAAAAAAUGGGGUUUCUUCACUUAUUGACACUCGUCAUCCACUAAUGUUUUGUGACUUGUUCUGGCCGAUAUAUGCUUUCUUUUGUAUGGGCAUACAAAGGCAUCUUGUUCAUGCUAUAUUCCUUUUUUGUUUUA